AUGGUCCAAUGUUUUGAAGUUGAAUGCAAUCAUGCUAGCGAAAAGCAAACAUGUUCUUUUUUCCGUAUACCAUCAAAUCAAAAGUUACGCCUCAACUGGCAGAUUGUCUUCGAUAGACGCAAAGACAAAAAAUGGACACCUCACUCCCGUCUCUGCAGCUGCCACUUUUUAGAUGGUAAGAAAGAAAAUGGACCGACAAUAUUUAACUCUACAAACAAUGUCUCUUUUAAAAAGAAAAGUGUUAGCACGUCGCUCGAUUCCAAGAACCCGGUGCCCCGAAUCCUUCACAACCAUGGACCCGAAGAGGCCGAGAUUGAAUAUGCCAAGUUUCGCAAUCGUAUGCGAAAGAAACGGACAGAAGAGAAGAACAUUACAACAGUCGAUCUGGGAAACAAUAUCGAUGUCCUCCAACAACAACAACAACAACAAAUGACUUGCCACGUGGAUAAGCAAAAAAACACGGACAACAAUAUCAACCAUAAACGAAAUAUGAAGUUUCCUUUUCGACGUAGGAAAAAAGAAAAUACACAAAAAAAUAACAGUGCCAAAGACCUAACAGAAAGCAGAAACAGAUUCAUAAAUUCAAUUCUUGGUGCUAAAGGACCAAUCCGACAUACUCCUAACCCUAUGGCCAUCCAAAGAUUGAAUCCUCCUGCUAUGAAGUCACACAUUCUACCAAAUAAAAGACAGCAACUCUCCGAAAAUGGCCAAAACUUAUUUUCCCAGUUGCAGAUGAACUUUGCUAGCAACAUAAAUACUAAAUGUCACGGUCUAAAAAGACCUGCUGCAGUUUCCUUGGCAAGAGGAGAGUUGGAGGACAUAAAACCUUGCAAAAGACAACUGGAUGCACAAAAGUCAAUUCAAAUGGAACAUAGUCGCUCACAAGUGACCACAAAUCAUCAUGGCUACCCACAAGUGACGUCAACUCAACAGAAUCACUUACAAUUACCAACCAGUCGGCAGAACCCCCUCCAAAUGUCCACAAGUCAUCAGUCGAGCACAAUGGCCCAAAGUCAACAGAGUCAUUCGCAGAUAACCAUUGUGUCUCAAAAUCAUCACCAUGCGACCACUGGUCAGCUGAAUCAUCAAGUAUCUGUUAGUCAGCAUAAUUAUUCGAAAGCAAACAGCACAGGUCAUCCAAAUCCAUUUCAAGUUCCCACAAGUCAGCCGAGUCAUCCAAUAAGCACAGGUCCAAAGAAUCACCUGAAUGUAACCCUGGGUCACUCAAAACCGCUUCAAGUGACCACAAAUCAACCAAUGAUUACAGAGCAACAAAACCAGCCACAAAUCAAUGCUGGCCAUCAGAAACGCCAACAGUUAAGUCCAGCUCAACUGAGAUUCCUAGAGACGGGUCCAGCACGGACGAAUCGAAUUGAAGGAGCUACUAAUCAGCAACAAAGUGAAACUCUACAAGAGCCUAAGAAAACUGUAGCUGAGGUACCUGGCCGUCAUUUGAAGCAAAGUUCAUCUUCUGAUGUUACGGGUUCAAAUUCAAUAUCAAAGUUGAAUUCAGUUCCACAGAUGACUAAAAAGACGUUUACAGUGUCAAAACAUCAACACACAGUCAUGUCAAGCCUUGCAUCUUUAUGGAAAGACAGUAAACUUUGUGAUGCUACCAUUGGAAAUGGAAAUUUCAAAAUAAUGGUUCAUAAAGUGGUUCUGUUGGCCAUUUCUCCCAAAUUAUUGUCCCAGGCAAACAUCAAGGCCAACUGCUUCAUUCGAGUUAACCUACCCGAGGAAGUCAGCCAGUCAGCCUUGGUUGCUUUUUCAGAAUACAUGUACCAUGGUGUAUUAACACUUGACCCCAUCCUACUCCAGCAGCUACGAAUAAUCGCACUCCAGCUAGGAAUUCGUGAACUGGAAUUAUUGUGUGAUACUCACUUAUUGUAUUGCGAUGUUCAAAAUUCUGUUGUCGAUUCGGGUUUAACUUCACCUGAAACUUGUCCUUCCUCAUUGCUUGCCUUGCCUUCUGAGGCUUCCACCUCAACAGGUACCAGCCAGAGAAUCACUGCAGAGGUAGAAUUUAAAACAGUCAAACAAGAAGGGAUUUGUGAAGAAGUCACUUCAAAUUCUUCACUCAAAGACUUCACACUGCCGGUCAAAAAGGAACCCAUUGACCAAACAAGCAACUGUUCUGCUGAAAACGUUUUAAACGCUUCCCCCUCUCCUAAUACUUUGACCUGUCGACUACGCCUCUUCGUCAAGCUGCUCCUGAUUGCUUGUUAG